AGAUAGAGAGAGAGAAAGAGAAACGAAAACCCUCUCUAGUUCACUCUCUUCUUCUGCUCAAGCCUCAUCCAAAUUCCAUGAAAGAGCACGUGCAGCACUAAAACGACGUCGUUUUCUUUUGAUACGAAAACAUGGCUCAGGAGCCUCACCUUACGCUCAAGGAGCUGGGAUCCAAGCUCGACACUCUUCCCUCCUCUAAGAACAUUCUCAUCAAGCUCUUGAAGCAAGCAGCAGCAUGCCUUACUGACUUGGAUCAAUCACCAUCAGCUUCAACAUUAGAGUCAAUUAAGCCCUUUAUUAAUGCAAUUGUUAUGCCAGAAUUGCUGAAGCACCCAGAUAGCGAUGUCAAGCUUCUAGUUGCAACAUGUGUUUGUGAGAUAACUCGGAUAACUGCUCCUGAAGCUCCUUACAGUGAUGAUCUUCUAAAGGACAUCUUUCGAUUGAUUGUCGACACUUUUAGUGGUCUAAGUGAUACAUGUAGCUCAUCCUUUGGCCAGAGAGUUGUUAUAUUGGAGACUCUUGCAAAAUAUAGAUCAUGUGUUGUAAUGUUGGAUCUUGAAUGUGAUGAUCUGGUGAAUGAAAUGUUCAGUACUUUCUUUGCAGUUGCCAGAGAUGAUCAUCCAGAAAGUGUUCUGUCAUCCAUGCAAACUAUAAUGGUUGUUCUCUUGGAAGAGAGUGAGGAUGUCCGCAAGGAUCUAUUAUCUAUUCUACUGUCAACAUUUGGUCAUGACAAAAGAGAUAUUACUGCAGCUGCGAGGAAGCUUUCCAUGAAUGUUAUACAACAAUGCAUUGGAAAACUUGAACCCAGCAUUAAACAAUUUUUACUGGCUGACCAGAUGGAAACUCGAUUGGAAGCAGUGAACUUGGUUGGCGAUAUAAUUGCUCAUCUUGGAUCCUCCAUUCCAGAAGCAUUUCUACCAAUAUUUUUGGAGUUUUUAAAGAGAUUGACUGAUAGAGAUUUUGGGCUUCACGUGUCUGUCCUCAAUCAUGUGAAGAGUUGUCUGCUGUCAAAUCCUUCAAGGGCUGAAGUUCCUCAAAUAAUCUCUGCCCUUUGUGACCGGCUGCUGGAUGUUGAUGAAAAUAUUCGUAAGCAAGUUGUGGCUGUUAUCUGUGAUGUGGCAUGUCAUACCUCAAAUGCAGUCCCUCUUGAAACUGUGAAACUUGUUGCAGAGCGGCUUGGUGAUAAAUCUCUACUUGUUAAAAUGUAUACCAUGGAGAGAUUGGCUGAGAUGUAUAGAAUUUUUUGUGAGAGUAGUUCCAAUGCAGUUAAUCCCAGUGAAUAUGACUGGAUUCCCCGGAAGAUCCUUAGAUGUUUCUAUGACAAAUAUUUCAGAUCAGAUAUAAUUGAAUCUAUUCUAUGUGAGUCCCUAUUUCCAUCAGAGUUUUCUGUCAAUGAUACAGUUAAACGCUGGGUUGAGAUUUUCUCUGGAUUUGACAAAGUGGAGGUCAAGGCUCUUGAAAAGAUACUGGAGCAAAAACAACGGUUACAGGAAGAGAUGCAGAAAUAUCUUUCUCUAAGGCAGAUUAAUCAGGAGAAAGACAUUCCUGAGGUCCAGAAAAAGAUCAUGUUCUGUUUCCGUGUUAUGUCUCGUUCAUUUGCUGACCCAACAAAGGCUGAAGAGAGUUACCAGAUUCUUGAUCAAUUAAAAGAUGCUAAUAUCUGGAAAAUUUUGACAGAUCUUGUUGAUCCAAAUACUAGCUUCCAUCAAACUCGUGUAUACAGGGAUGAAUUGCUUAAAAUACUUGGUGAAAAACAUCAGCUCUAUGAAUUUCUGAAUACCUUCUCCAUAAAGUGCUCCUAUUUGCUUUUCAACAAGGAGCAUGUAAAAGCUAUUCUUUCAGAAAUCAUCACACAAAAAUCUGCAGAGAGUGAUCAGCAUAUUCAAUCUUGCAUAAAUAUGUUAGUGAUAAUUGCUCGUUUCAGUCCAUAUCUUUUUAGUGGUAGUGAGGAGGAGCUGGUGAAUUUACUUAAGGAUAAUAGUGAUAUGAUUAAAGAGGGUGUUUUAAAUGUUUUGGCAAAGGCUGGUGGUACUAUUCGUGAACAGCUUGCAGUUACAUCAAGUUCUGUAGACCUUAUGUUGGAGAGACUGUGUUUAGAAGGCAGUCGGAGACAGGCCAAGUAUGCUGUUCAUGCUCUGGCUGCAAUAACAAAGGAUGAUGGCCUCAAGUCUCUUUCUGUUCUGUACAAGAGGCUUGUAGAUAUGCUGGAGGAGAAAACACAUCUACCUGCAGUAUUGCAGUCUCUAGGGUGUAUAGCACAGACUGCAAUGCCUGUAUUUGAAACUAGAGAGAGUGAAAUUGAAGAAUUUAUAAUAAACAAGAUUCUGAAAAGUGAUAGUAAAGAAGAUCACACAAGAACAUCGUGGGAUGAUAGAAGUGAUCUUUGUGUGUUGAAGAUAUAUGGCAUCAAAACCAUAGUGAAAAGCUUCUUGCCAAUCAAAGAUGCUCAUGUGCGUCCUGGUAUUGAUGGUUUGUUGGAUAUCCUUAGAAACAUGUUAUCUUAUGGUGAAAUAUCAAAGGACAUACAGUCAAGCUCAGUUGAUAAGGCCCAUUUGAGGCUUGCUUCUGCAAAAGCAGUUCUUCGUUUGUCGAGGCUUUGGGAUCAUAAGAUACCCGUUGACAUAUACCACUUAACUGUAAGAGCAACAGAGAUUAGCUUCCCUCAAGCUAAGAAAGUUUUCUUGAGCAAAGUUCAUCAAUAUAUAAAAGACCACCUUUUGGAUGCCAAAUAUGCAUGUGCCUUUAUAUUCAAUAUAUUUGGAUCCAAGCCAGAGGAGUUUGCAGAGGACAAGCAGAACCUGGGUGACAUUAUUCACAUGCAUCACCAAGCUAGGGCUUGGCAGCUUUCUGGACAAUCAGAUGCAAAUUCCUUGAUCACUUACCCUGAAUACAUCCUUCCUUAUUUAGUUCAUGCCCUUGCUAACAUAUCAUGCCCUAAUAUUGAAGAGUGCAAGGAUGUUGAAGCAUAUGAUAAUAUAUACAGGCAGUUGCACUUGGUACUAUUAAUGCUAGUGCAAACAGAUGAAGAUGUCAAGUCAGAACUAAAUACUGACAAAGAGAAGGAAAUUAUAUAUACCAUCACUUCUAUCUUUUGGAGUAUUAAGCAAUCUGAAGAUGUGUUUGAUGCAUCAAAAUCAAAGAAUUCUCAUGCCAUAUGUGACCUUGGGUUAGCAAUCAUCAGGCGACUAGUACAGAAGGAUGUCGAUUUGCAAGGAUUAUCUCCAUUUUCUCUGCCUCCAAUACUAUACAAAGGCAAAGCAUGUGAGAAGGAAAACGACCUUAUGGUAAGUGAGGUGAAAUCCUGGCUGGCUGAUGAAAAUGUCUUGGCUCACUUUGAAUCACUUGAAUUAGAAAUGGUUCCAUCUCAAUUAGCCGAGGAUGGUGCUUUAAAGGAAAGUGAGAAAGAUGGAAAUGAAAUGCCCCUGGGAAAAAUAAUGAAGGACAUAAAAUCUCAGGGAACCAAGGGCAAAAAACUGAAAAAGAAAAAAUCUGUGCCAGCUGAAACCAAAAAGGCUGAAAAUGAUAUUGAUAUCUUAAAUAUGGUCAGACAAAUAAAUUUGGAUAACUUGGGGAUAUCCACUAAUUUUGAAUCAAGUAAUGGUCAUGAAAAUUCAUUGAGUAAAAAGAUGCAGCAGAAGGAUCCAGACAGUGCAACAAUUAAAAAACGUAAAACAGGAGAUCUAACACCUGUUCCGGUGCCUAAACGUAAGCGGUCUUCCUUUACCCAUGGAAAAUCAAGAUCAAGUAGUACUCCAAAAGCCCCCGAAAGAGUUUCAGGGAAAGAUUCUUCUGGAAUGAAAUUGCUGUUACGUGCAGAAAUUAACCCUGAUAUAGAUAUCAAAACUAAGCAGAGAAAAAUGGUCAAAGGCAGAGGGGCUUCUAAGAGCUAUCAUGACUAUGACUCUGACAAAUCUGAAGAGCACUUGAAGAGUCCUGAUAAUUUAAAGCCAACUGAUAAUUCUAAAAGUGACAAUUUGAAGUCAUCCAUAGGAUCUACUAAAAAGAUGAAAAGAAAAAGUAUUGGGGGAUUAGCUAAGUGUACGACAAACAAAGGUGAAAGUGAUGCUGACGAUCUGAUUGGCUGCAGAAUUAAAGUUUGGUGGCCUAUGGAUAAGCAAUUUUAUGAAGGGACGGUUAAGUCUCAUGAUCCUUUGAAGAGGAAGCAUGUGAUAUUAUAUGACGAUGGGGAUGUAGAAAUACUCCGUUUGGAAAAGGAGCGUUGGGAGGUUGUUGGCAGGGACCACAAACCUACUAAGAAGCCAAAGUCAUCAAAAACUCUCUCUUUUCGUGAAGAGUCUACUGGGAAGAAGCAGAGAAGUUCUAGUGGUUCAGCAAAUAAGAAGACAAAAAAAAUAGUUAAUGGUAAGCAAUCUCCUCGAAAGCACGUAAAAGGACAGAAAGGUGCAUCAAAAAAUAAUUUCCAUCAUGAGGAUGCAUCAAACCCUGAAGAUAACAUUGUAUCUAAAGCUGAGAUUAAUUCAGGUGGUUCUGAAGGGGAACAAGCUGAAGGGUCUGAUGUAAUCAUAAACAAGGAGAAGAAAUUCAGCAAGAAAGUAAAAUCAAUUUCACGGGGAAAGAAACCAAAGAAAGAGAAGAGCUUGAGUUAUAGGAAAGAAUCAGAUAAAGAGACCCUGGAUUAUGGCGAGAGGCUUUCCAAAGAUAAAGUGGGUGUCCCACAAGGAGUUCAAAAUGAUGAUGAAGAAAGUAGAUCAAAAGAGACAGAUGUGGAUGAAUUGAGAGGAGCUUUGAGGAAAAAUGAUGAUGGAGGAGAAUCAGGUUCUGAAGGGAACCAAAAUGAGGGCGAUGGGGAAAGUAGUCCCAUAGAAGUGGAAAAAUCGCUAAUAGAGUCAGCAAGUCCUGAUGGUGACAGAAUUGCUGAGGUUUCUGAUGACGAGCCACUGAGCAAAUGGAGGCGUCCCUCGGCAAAGAAAAGCUCAGGGAAAAAACGGUGAGCAGUGUGGCAGUUGUAGAACAAAUCUCUGAAGAUUUCAGUAGCAGUGAUGCUGUGGCAGCAUUUAGUGUGUUUCAGUGCAAGUGCAAGGUAUCAAUGUAGGUGACGACAGCCAUUAUUGACGCACUAAUAGAUGUGCUAUGCUUGUCUUGUAACCACCCUGUAGAUGUAAUAUAACAGUUGUGAUUCCCGCGUUAAAGUGGUGCUUUAGUGUUUUUUAGGGUUAUGUUAUGCUAAAUGACCUUUGAUUAGUGUAGGUGAUAGGUUUAGCAUAUGAUUCAUGAGGAUGUUUUUCAUCCUUCCAUCAUAAUUGAUAUUUUAUUGACUGGGGCAACAUGUACAGCUAUACGUGGGAUAAAUUGUAUUUGUAUCUCUAUCUUUUUCAUACCCUUUUAGUCUUAGCAUCCCUGAAAAAUCUGACCUAACCUUCAGCUCCAUGUUCUGUGUUGUACAUUACAUGGUUUUAUGAACCAACUGUUUUUCAUUUUAUGAACUGAAAUGAGUUUCACUAUCUCGACUACU